AUGACCACCAAGGUCUCUGAAGACGCCUCCAAGCCCGAGCCCAAAGUCCUUGGGGCUGGUGGCAAGGUGCUCGAUGAGCUGUACAAAUCGACAGGGAACGAGGCGGUCGACACCCUCGCCUUCCUCCACAUGCUUGAGAAGCUCAAGGUUGAGUGUGGCCGUAGCGUAUCUGACACCAGCUCGAGAAACGUGCUGGCUGGGUUCGGGAAGGGCAUCUCGGACCACAUGUGUCGCAUGGCGCUUAUGGCGAUGAUGAUCCCGUCGACUGCCGAGCGGCCACUCGAUAUUCCACGUUGUGUCAUGAUGGCUCUGGUGCACGACCUCGCUGAGGCCUAUGUCGGCGACUUUACGCCUCUCGAGAAGGUACCAGGUCACGUCAAGGCUGAUCUCGAGGCCAAGGCGAUGGACUCGUUCCUGAACGAGAUGUUGGGCGGCGAGGGAAACGCAGAGGCGCGCGUACGCUUCCGCUCACUCUGGGAGGAGUACGAGGCGCGCGAGACGCCAGAGUCCAAGCUCGUCAAGGACCUCGACCGCCUUGAGCUGGUCCUCCAGGGCGUCGAGUACGAGCGAUCACAGGGCAUCGACACACUGCACCCGUUCUUCCGCAGCGCCAUUACACACCUCGAGCAUCCCAGUGUGCGCAAGUGGGGCGAAGCGGUAAUGAGCGAGCGCAAAGCGCUAUGGGAGGAACAGGGGCGGGGAGAUGAGGAGCAACGCGAGCUGAAGGACGCGCGGGUUGGCGCAACCACCGACGCCAAGAACGCUCUCAAGCGCGAGUGA